CGGCGAGAUGUUCCCAGAAUUGACAAGAAUGUGAAACGCUCUAGCGCCGAUGGAGACACAAUGACAGUAUGGCUUUCAAAGCGGCGCAAGGUUGUCCAGGAGAUGGUCAAAGAGGCGGGUGAUUUGAAUUACAUUGAGGACGAGGAUGAUUUGCAAGAUUGGUCGGAAAGUCACCAGAAAGAGUUGGAGUUUCAACAAGGGAAAGCGCUGAAGAGCCAAGUGGAAGCGUACAACUUCAACGGCCUCCUCGACCAUGAGAUCACAGAUUCUUUGAAAGAAGCUGCCCAAGUCCUCCGUGAAAAGGACCGCCAGAAGGACAAAGAGAUGGUGACCGAAAGGCGCAAAGCGCAAACAGCUGAUUUGAGGAUGACCAUGACUAUUGAUUGGUCUCAACUAGCUGGAAAGGAUGAUGCCCUCCAGACAUUCAACAUGGUGCGAACCAACGAUCGCAUAAAAGCAGGGUUGUUCAUUGUCAGCGACCCAACGUCCUUGCCUGAGAGAGUUCAGUGGGCAGCUGCUUUGGUCGGUGGCUGGGUCACUGAGCCGUCCGGUUUGUUGAGCCACAAUGGCAUUGUGCUGAAGUACAAGAGGGCCAUCAGGACUCAGAAGAAGGUCUUGCUGACUGAAGGAUUCCGAAACGGGCAUUUAGAGAUCUCCGCUUUGAUUGUUGAUUCUAUCGACUUUCACAAGCCGAAGAACGGCUGGCGGAUCACAAUGGAUGCCUCCAAG